AUACUGGGGUAUAGCGUGAAAAUAAGAGAAUCCGUGUUUGAUUAGAAUUCUUGCUUUAUUUUCCCUUAAACUGUUUCAGAUGAAAUGUGCCUCUAUGGGAGGAUUUUUAUGUAAUGUUGACGAGGCUCACGAAAACACAUACAUCAGACAUCAUCUUGCUAUGUACGGAGUAAAGCCUGGAGCCUGGAUGGCCCUGAACGACUGCCUCUACCCCAACGCCCACAGAUGGAACUGGGGAUUCACCAAGAGGCAAUGCCACAAGUUUGACUGGUACGGUAACGAACCUGUGUACCACAAAAAAGGAGACUGGAAUUGUGGAGCUUUCUGGUCUAGCUACAAAUAUCAUUGGCAUGUCGAUAGCUGUGCUCAGAGAAACUACUAUGUCUGUGAAAUGAAAUUGGGAAAACCAUGCAGAUGCCAGUAUUAAUUCAAUGUGAAUUUCUUAAUAAAAACUUCCUCAAGAAAUA